GGUGAGAUAGCCAAGGCGCUCAGGCACAAGCAUUAGGCAGAGGCACAGAGCGCUAGGGACGCUGUCGAAGCGCCUGAGCCUGGAGCUCCAUUCUCUGUUUAGAACGAUCGCCGCACCGGAGCUGGAGGCUGCUGAAGGCCGGUGCAGCAUGGAGGGCGCUCUGGACGCGCAGAGCUUGAUCAGCCUUUCCCUGCGCAAGAUCCACAACUCCCGCACGCAGCGAGGCGGCAUCAAGCUGCACAAGAACCUGCUGGUGUCCUACGUGCUGCGCAACGCCCGGCAGCUGUACCUGAGCGAGCGCUACGCCGAACUCUACCGCCGCCAGCCUUUACCGCAGCCCAUGGACGAGUGCGACGAGCCGGACAUCCCGGAGCUGAGCCCCUUACAGAUCCCAGAGGAAGGCGAGGACGAGAUGCAUCAGCUGCCCCGGAUACACAGCGGAGGUGCCGAACUGCUGGAACCGCUGAGCUCCGAGGAAACGCUGGAACUGCCUCCCUGUGCGCACAGCCCGCACCCGGCCAAGGAGCCCCAGUCUCACGCCGCCUUCUACUCUCCUGUCCCUUCCCGAGGCUUCUGCUCGUCCGGGGAGAGCGCGGGGCCGCCCCAGUGCAGUCACACCACCGUGUUGGACCUGGACACUCACGUUGUCACCACGGUGGAGAGCGGAUAUUUGCACCAGGACUGCCCGUGCCAAGGCGCACCGCUCCUCUCUAAGCGCAAAUACGCCCCGGCCGGCUACGGCUCCUACAGCGGACACGGGGGGCCGGGGGAAGACUUGGGGGACACGGCGGAGCCCAACUUUGUGCCCUGCAAGCGGGGCCGAUACGAGGACUUUUGCCCCCAGCCCUUGGGGGAACCCGCGGACUCCAACAACAACAACAUCUCCAACCUGAUCUCCAUCUUCGGCUCCGGCUUCUCGGGGCUCAUGAGCCGUCAGACCGAGGCAGAACAGACUCUCAAUGGACACUUGUGUGGGAAACAUGCGCUGGGCAGCCUGGGAGCCUGGACUCGAGCUAUUGUGGCUUUCUAGCCCCCUCCCCAAAGGGACACAGUUUUCUAUGGAGAAAUCACAGAAAGGACAAUGUUUUAUAGGCACAGACAACAAAAAGUGUAAAAAAAAAAAUAUUUGGACUUUAUUUUUGCAAAGAAAGAAGUUAAAAAAAGCACCUAUUUAAUUGGAAUUUAUUUUUUAAGUUCCUUUUUUUGUUCUGUUUCACUUUGUUAUGCUGAAUUUAAUGUCAGGAGGAAAAGGCUGCUGAGACUGAGAGCAGUGGGGAAUGGGGUCCCCCAACCAACAUGCAGCUGCCCAGGGGUUCUGGAGUCAGUCUAGAGCAUUGUUGUUGUUUCUAGGGGAACCCCAAUGUUCUAGACUUACUCCAGAACCCCUUGGCAGCUGCAUGGUGCUCUGUGGCUUGCUAAGGGGUUAAAUAAAGCCACAUCGAGGGGUCGGGUUAACCCCAUGUGCACAUGGAAGAAGUGUGUUACUUCCUAUAUCCUGCCCUUUAACUGCCGCCCAGGUAAUGCUUUGGCACAAGGGGCAGGAUUUGGGGGUGUGUGUAAUAAAUAGAUCUCCCCUUUUCUCUCUCUUUCGUCAGCCUUGGUCCUUUUGCACCCCCCCUCAUAUUGUGACACUUAAAAGAUGAAGGCGGAAAUAAUAACAUUUUAACUUUCUUUUUAAUGGGGGGGUUUAAUGUGUUGUGACUUCCAGUAAUGUGAAGCGGCAAAGCUAGCACUGCAGUUAAAGGGGGUUCUUCAUUUCUUGGGGGGCUGCAAUGUCACUUUUCCUUUCCAGCAACCCCCUCCAUGUCAGACCUACUAAACCUAGUUGUACGGUUGGAUGAAGUUCUUUCAGGGGUUUAAAAGAAAAACACUACUUUUGUUUGUUGUUAAAAGAAAAAAAUAUGCAGGUUUCCUUUAAGAGUUCCUAUGUUCUUUUCAGCCUUCAUGAUAACCAGCAUCCUAUGGUCUUGUGAUUUAAAAAAAUCAGUCCAUGUACAGUUUUAUUUUUUUAUCAUUUGGCAUUUAAACCUUUUGUUGUAAAAAGGUGGUUUUUAUCUACAGAACCUUCCACGCCAAUAUCCCCAGUACAAGCACUAUGUGUAAUGAAUAUGUUGCCAAACUUUAGUUUUGUUUUUUUUUUUUUAAAUUCAUGUAUUUUCUGUAUAUUGAACUGUAUAUCACCGGGUAAACUGUUCAGAAAUAUUUGUUUAAAUUUAUAAUCUUAAUAAAAAGUAAAGUGAUGCUAUA